AUGGAAAGCACCGUCAGGGACGGAGAGGAAGUCUCAGUGAAGGAAAAACAAGUUCUUGCAACUAGAACUGCCGAAGAGUGCCAAAGCGAGGGAGACACGGCAGUACUGUCAUUGUUGCAGCGACGCACAUGGCAGCAAACAAGGCGCAUUGUAGCCUGGAUCCUUCGCUUCGUCAGGAACGUUGUAGGACAGGCAAAUACCAACAACCAGUCACCCAUAUUAUUAUCUACGCUACUUUCCGUACCGAGGAACGCCGUGGGAACAAGGCUAAACGGAAAGGAGAUACUCAUCGCAGGAAAGCUGCUCAUAAGGCUUCAUCAACAGCAAAUAACCUCAAAAGUCAUCAACUCCAUGCAACGGCUGAAUAUCAAGAAAGAUGCCGAAGGCCUUUUCCGAUGUUAUGGGCGAUUGGGAAACAGCAACCUAGAUGAUGACGCCAAAAUUCCGUUGAUCAUCCUACAAAACUCGAUGUUGGCGGAAAGAAUCAUCGACGACUGCCACGGCAGAGGACAUCUAUCCACGAACGCGCUCCUACUGAUCUGUCUUCUGAGUGCAUUUUGCGGAAAUGCGAAUGCAUUGGCGAAGGUACUAGCGAAGAAAACACAUUCAAUUAAAUGCAUUCCAGGAGGAGUUGAGUUGCUUUCCAAGGAAACUGUCCCAUAUGAGGUCUGUGCGGAAGACUAUUGCAAAUCAAUCUCAGCGCCAAAGACAAAUGAAACUAUCCAUUUUCCGCCACAAGUAACGCUCUAUGAACAGUUUGUCCAGUGGAAACUUCUGUACAAUGAAACAUCAGGAUAA